CGACUGACUUACAAUGGCGUCCAUUCCCAGUUUCCCACUACUGCUUUCACACUCCCAGUUCAAGCCUCUCCCUCUCUUUAAAAGGGCUCUUCGCAGUGAUCAAAUAGAAAUAGAUAUUUGAGGGAUUUGAAACAGCAACAAAGAUGAUGGGGUUUAGAUCAUCUUCUUCUUCGUGGUUUAUGAUGCUCGUAGUAGCCUUAAUCGUGGUGGCUGUUUUGGAGGUGCCGGCGGCGAAGGGUGCUAACCAGUGCACGGAGGAGCAGAGGCUUCUGGUGAACGAGUGUAGGCCGGUGAUCUUGGGGCGUAAUGCAUCGCCGGCGUGUUGUCAGCGUAUAAGGGUUACUCAUUGGGAGUGCGUCUGCCCUGCUGUGACACCGCAAUUGGCUGCUCUCAUCAAUGUGAAAAACACAAUUAAGCAAAUUGAAGCUUGUGGAAGGAGUGUUCCUCACAAUUUCAAGUGUGGAAGCAUCACUAGUCCAUGAGAAAGACCUAGCCUUUUGCAGAUAGCUUGGAUCGAAUAAACUACAAAGCAAGAUCAAGUGUUCAGGCCUGAUUUCCUCCUCUACUUGUUUCCCCCACCCCACCCUUUUUUUUUUUUUCGUCUAUACGCAAAUCGUUCAAACGGUAUUUCUUAAAUGUAAUAAUGUACAAGUGAAAUCUGCAAAAGUUGUUAAAUUGUGUUGUUUAUUUCAA